AUGGGCAGUGAGCAUUACUGCUUGAGGUGGAACAAUCAUCAAUCCAACCUUCUCGGGGUGUUCAGCCAAUUGCUCCAGGACGAGAGUCUGGUGGACGUCACACUCGCUUGCUCAGAGGGCGCCUCCAUCCGAGCCCACAAGGUUGUACUCUCGGCCUGCUCCUCGUACUUCCAGACGCUGUUUCUCGACCAUCCAGCCCGACACCCGAUCGUCAUACUGAAGGACGUCCGAUUCGCCGAACUGCGCACGCUGAUUGAAUUCAUGUACAAGGGCGAGGUAAAUGUCGAAUACUGUCAGCUUUCGGCACUGCUAAAAACCGCCAAAUCGCUCAAGGUGAAGGGUCUGACGGAGAUGACAAAUCAGAGCAGCCCGCUGACGGAGCCGAAGCUAGAACCUGAGCGACUCAGACCACACAGCAGCCAUGGUGCAGGAGGAGGUAGCAGCAGUAGCAGCGGAGGAGGCGGCGCCCUGGCCGCAACAGAGGCCAUCCUUCCGACGAACCUCUCGACGACGUUUCCUACGGCGACGCUAGCGAGCAGUGGCAGUGUCGGUACGACCACCUCCACAGUUGUCGCCUCCACCAUCACCACCACGACCACCAGCAGCAGUAGUAGUAGCAGCAGCAGCAGCAACAAUAACACCAGCAGUAGUAGUACUGGUGGCGGGAGUGGUGUCAGUACGAGCCAUGCGGGACCCGGUGGAACGGGCGAUCCGGACAGCGUAGACAAACGAUCCUCGACCUCGCCAUCUUAUCAACAACAGCAGCAGCAGCAGCAACACCAUACGAACCAGCUGCCAGAGCAGCAACAUCACCAUCACCCGCAUCACCACCACUACAACCAGCAGCAGCAGCAACAGCGCUUGAGUUCCUCCUCCGGCAGCCCAGGUGCGACGUCCUCCGUCAAGAGCAGCGGUGUCACGGAUCUAUCAACUACCCUCGGCAAGACUCGCCUGCUGGAGGACGACCCCGAAGAGGGCGCCAUCGAACGGCCACGAGGUUCGCCCGUCCGCCCAAGGCUCUCACCAACGGCCGGAAGUCCUACAGUCGCGAGCAGCUCGCCCCUAUCACUAACACGGAAGCACCGCGACGCCACCGCAGCCUUAUCCUCACCGGUGUCGUCGUCUCUGUCGGCGCUGCACGGUGGCAAAGCCUCGGCAAGUUCCUCCUUCACCUCGGUGGCGGUGUUGGCCACCACCACAACCAGCAGCAGGUCAUCUCCGACGCCACUCGGUCCUACGGUAAUCCAAAGCCCGGCUAGGGACACCGGUGGGAUACUCUCCUCACAGUUGGCCGCAUCCGCCGUCAGCAGUGACGACACCAGCACACCCAUGCACGAAGAAGAGGACGAUGAGCGACAUCUGCAGCACGGGGUGGGUGAAGAGGACGAACGGGACACACCCCCACCGGUCACGGACACCACCAACUUGCCGGAAGAAGCCGACGCAUCGGCGGUAUCCUCGAAGGCUAGCUCGAGCAACCAGAAAGCUGAUCAUCAACUGGCAGCGACUCAAUCGGAUCAAGGAGUAACGAUAGCAGUAGAAGGAGGGCUCACCUCGAGUGACGUGGAAGAAGGCAGCAGUGAUGAGCAACACCGGCGGGAAGCAAAUGAUCCCGACGAUGAAGCGCAGGUGGUGACAACGGCAUGCUCUUCCUCCACCUCAACAACAGCUGCUGAGCAAACACCGCUGCCUGGCAGCAGUUCCCCGGAGUUGUUAAGGCCUAACUCAGCAGGCAAACAGCACGAGAGUAACUUCGCCACCGUAUCGUCGCUGAUCGCGGACAGUGCGAGUGGGGCCAGGAGUCCAGGACGUCGCAGUCUGUCGCGCAGCCCGGUUGGUAGUGAACACCUGCUGGAUGAGGCUCGUCGACCACCGAAGUGUAUCAGCAGUAGCGCGCUGUUGCCGAUGGUUGGUGAGCUGCGUGCGGACGAACAACAGCUCGUGUUGCGGGAUAUCACGAUCGCGACGGAGUACGACGAUGAUGAUGAAGAGGACGACGACGAAGGUGACGAUGUUGAUGAUGGAGCGGCCGCAGAUAUGUUGCUGGCGGCUGUCGCUGUUGCACAGGUUGAUCGUGAGGCUCGCGGUGAAGGUGGAGAGAUAGGCACCAGCACCGCCGGAAGUGGAGGUGUUGGACGACGUCGUCGACCUGUUAGCGCUCAUGAAGACGAUGAAGGUGAUGAGCUGAUGGGUUCCGCUGUAACCACCGCGAUCGAUGAUGACGUUCACGAGGAUGACGAUGAUGACGACGAUGAUGAUGACGAUGAUGAUGAGGAUGGUGGACCACAUGAUCUGCAUAUCGGCAGCACCGGUAGUACCGGGAGCACCGGAAGCCUGCUUGGGCACAGUCGGCACCAUCAACACCAUCUGUUGCAUCCACACCACCAGCAGCAGCUUCAGCAACACCUGCACCAGCAACAACAGCAGCUGGUCGCAGUCGAGCUGCUCCGAUCGGCUGAGCAACAUCAGCAACGUCAACGCCAACAACAGCAACAACGUCGUCGGCGUUCUUCCGAAGAUGGUGCACCGCGGCAGAGCAACAGCAGCGGUGCUGCAAACAGCAGCAGCAACAACAACAACAACAGCUACAGCAACAACUCCGACGACGAGUACCAGCCGCCGGUGAAGAUCAAGAACGAAGUCGAUUUUUCACCAUUUUCCGGCCUGAACAUGACGAUCAAAUCAGUCGGUGCAGCGAACGCGAACCUCUCCGCCGCACUCAACUCCUCCGCAGCGGCCAGCUCCUCGGCCGCCCUUCUGCUCGGUACGGACCUGCGGCCAUCCUCCCGCGGGCUUUCCGCCGACGCGCUGAUCACCGGCAACGCCUCCUCUUCGACCGGUGCGGCAGCCCAAAGUGCCACCGGAAGUGGGAGCAAGAAUGGUGAACAGCGUGAGCGCAGCUCGCCUCAACACCUGCACCACCACCAACGAACGGCGGCGGCCACAGCAGCUGCUCUAGCGGUGUUCAAUGCCAGCGGUCUCGCAAGUCCGCUCUCUGAACCGAUCGCAGGACCUUCCGGCAUCAUGGGACCCGUCCAGCAGGUGCCUUUGUCGCUGAAGAAGGAGAUCGACUGGGACCGUGGCGACGACAAAUCGUCCGGUGACAGCUCCCUGGACUUUCGCCACCCGCACGACUCGGAAGCAUCGGAAAGGCUGCACGGCGGAAGCGUUGGUGGUGUUGGUGCCGGCGGAAGUACCGGGAGCGGUUUGAGUGCAAGUGGCAGCGGAACCAGUGCGAACAGCGGCAGUGGCGGUGGCGGUGGCGGAGCGGCCAUCCUUGGGCUGUGUACGUCGUCCUCCCACGGGAGCGGCGGCGGUGGCGGUGGUGGUGACGAGCGCGGUGGUAACGGCCGAGGGUCCGUCGGCAGUGGUGGAGGCAGUGCAGGUGGCGGUGGCAGUGGUGGUGGCGGUGCAGGUGGAGGAGUAGCUGGCGGCACCACCACCAGCGUCAGGGAUGGCUCGGCAGGAUCAGCCGUGAGUGGUGGUGGUGGUGGGUUAAUAGGAGUAGGUGGUGGUCCGCCAGGGUUGCUGGUGGCUGCGGCACAACACCCACAUCAACACUCCCACGCGCACCACCACCAUCAUCACCACCCGCCGGUAGGGGGCGCUGCGGCAGCAGUAGCUGCCGGGCUUCCCAUCCACAAGUGCAUGUACUGCGGCGUGACGUUCCACAACCAGAACAAGUUCACGCGCCACAUCCUGUCCCACUCGCUCGAAUCCCUCAAGUACCGCGAGGCGACGCACCUGAUCCACCCGAGCCACCUAGCGCUGCACCAUGAGCUGACGCAGGUGGCCCUGGCGGCCCAACAGGCACAAUCGCCAUCACCAUCACAGCUACCGUCGCCACACUACGGUCACCAUCGUGGUGGUGGUGGACCUCCCACGCUCGAGCAGAUGCUCGACCCAACCGACGCCAUGUCGGCGGAACUCGAGCUUGCAGCUGUUCUCGCCUCACAACCCGUCGGUGGGCUCGGGCUGGGGCAGGUGGUUGGCGGGGCUGGCGGGGGCAACCCGCUCACCGGUGGUGUCGUCGGUGCCGACCAGGGCAAUAACGUGGUGCUGUGCAAGUUCUGUGGCAAAAGUUUCCCGGACGUGACGUCACUCAUCACGCACCUGCCGGUGCACACAGGUGACAGGCCGUUCAAGUGCGAGUACUGUGGCAAGGCGUUCAAGCUGCGGCACCAUAUGAAGGACCAUUGCCGGGUGCACACAGGUGAACGACCGUUUCGGUGUGGCAUGUGCGGGAAAACGUUCUCGCGCUCGACGAUCCUGAAGGCGCACGAAAAGACACAUUAUCCAAAGUACGCGCGAAAGUUCCUGUCGUCCCCACCGCCGAUCGACGGGAAGGACGAUUCCCCCCAAUAG